AUGGCCAACUUGUUCAACACCGCGCGCAUUGCGCUCCGUGCCGCCAACGGCUCGGCUGCUUCGGUCCGCCACGCCUCGACACAGGCCGGUGCCAAGGCCGCGCCGUCGUUCCUGGCCUCGCGUUCCACCGCCGUCGCCGCCACCGCUGCGGCCGCCGGUUCCAUCGCUUGGUACAACCACCUCUACGGCACCAUCCCCUUCUUGGACACUGCCAGCGCCAACAUGGCCGACGAGGGUCUCCACCCGCCCAGCUACCCCUGGUCGCACUCGGGUAUCUUCGAGACCUUCGACCACGCCUCCAUCCGACGUGGCUACCAGGUCUACCGUGAGGUCUGCUCGUCGUGCCACUCGCUCGACCGCAUUGCUUGGCGUAACCUGGUGGGCAACUCGCACACCAUCGACGAGAUCAAGGCUAUGGCCGAGGAGGUGGAGUACGAGGACGGUCCGGAUGACGAGGGUGCCAUGUUCCAGCGCCCUGGUAAGCCCGCCGACUACAUGCCUCGCCCUUACGCCAACGACGAGGCUGCGCGAGCUGCCAACGCCGGUGCUCUGCCCCCUGAUCUGAGUCUCAUGGUCAAGGCGCGUCACGGUGGUGCCGACUACAUCUUUGCGCUGCUCACCGGCUACACCGACCCUCCCGCCGGUGUCAAGGUGCAGGACGGUCUGAACUACAACUCGUACUUCCCGGGUACGCAGAUCGCCAUGGCCCGUGUGCUCUACGACGGCCUCGUCGACUACGACGACGGCACCCCCGCCACCACUUCGCAGAUGGCCAAGGACGUCGUCACCUUCUUGCACUUCUGCGCCGAACCCGAACACGACACGCGCAAGAAGAUGGGCAUGCAGGCCGUCAUCAUCCUCUCGUCCCUCACCGCGCUCUCGUUGUGGGUCAAGAGGUUCAAGUGGGCCGGCAUCAAGAGCCGAAAGCUUGUUUACAACCCUCCGUCUUCGCACUGA